UUCCCUCAAAUGUCAUCCAAAACUCAAACAGCUGAUUUUUCCUGAAGUUUUUUAAAAUAUAAUUUUCUAAGCUUUGGGAAAAGAUAUAAUUGUCAUAUAGACUUAAGUAACUUUUAAAAACGAUUAGGUACUGAGAUUUUAAUAUACAAAAUUUAAAACUAAGGAAAUGGCGGAUAAACAACUAGACGUUAGUCCAGAGGCGCGUCAAAUCGCCGAAGAGAAGACUCAGAGGAAACUCGUCUUGCGUAACGAGUUUUUAAAACUCAAAAGUGACCCUUUUAGACAUGCCAUCGGUGAGGGAGGAGCUGUGUUUGACUCCAAAUUUUUGAGGCUCCAGUCAAUGCAGGUUCACUACUAUGAUUACUUCAAACCUAAGGGAAAGAAUGUUUUAUCGGGUAUAUUGAUGAUGGUUGUACCCAUGUUUGCUUAUGGUUAUUUCAUUAAAUCUCAAAGAGAUGAUCUUGAGGCAAAGUACCGAAGAGGAGAAGUGGCUUACAAAGAUCGUGAUUCUAAAUGGAUUUAAAUGUUAUUAUAGUUAGAUACCUCUUGUAGAUAAAAAAUAUAAUUAAUUUCUAAGAA